UUUAGAAAUCAAUGACUCCACAUAGAGGUCGUGCCUCUACUGGUGGUUCGUUUCCGCCGUUCGAUGUUACAUUGGAAGAUCUCAGAACUUUGAUGGAAUUUCGUGGAGAUGAGGCAAGGGAGAAGAUUAAUACAGAUUAUGGUGGCACAGAUGGAUUUUGUCAACGACUUCAAACAGAUCCUAAUAAUGGCAUUUCUAAUAAUGCAGAUGAACUUCACAGGCGACGACAAGUAUUUGGCAAAAAUGAAAUUCCUCCUCACCCUCCUAAAUCAAUUUUUAUGUUGGUCUAUGAAGCUAUUCAAGAUGUCACAUUAAUUAUCCUGCUCAUUGCUGCCGCUGUUUCACUUGCUCUUACUUUUUACCGUCCACAAGAAGAAGAGGGAGGCUCAAGUGAUGAUUCUGAACAAGAAGCGGGUUGGAUUGAAGGUGCAGCCAUUCUCGUAUCAGUUAUUGCAGUUGUUUUUGUUACAGCAAUGAAUGAUUAUACAAAGGAAAGACAAUUCAGAGGUCUUCAAAAAAAGAUUGAGACAGAACACAAAUUUGCUGUUAUCCGUGAAGGGCAACAACUCCAUGUAAUUGUUAAUGAACUUGUUGUUGGUGAUAUUGCUCAGAUUAAAUAUGGUGAUCUUCUCCCAACUGAUGGAAUUUUGAUUCAAAGCAACGAUCUUAAAAUCGAUGAGUCUUCUCUUACUGGGGAAUCAGAUCAUAUAAAGAAGUCUGUUGAGCAUGACCCUAUGCUUUUGUCUGGUACACACGUUAUGGAAGGCAGUGGUCGAAUGGUUAUCACUGCUGUUGGUGUUAAUUCUCAAACUGGUAUUAUAAUGACUCUCCUUGGUGCAGCGAAGAAUGCUUUAGAAGAUGAACGGAAGGAAAAGCAAAAAGAAGAGAAAAAGACAAGAAGGAGGAGUAAAACAUCAGGAGAGAAACUUCCGAAUUCUACGUUGCCAAUAGAUGGAGAUAUUGGUCGACAACCUCCAGAAAUUACAAUAGAUGAUGGAACUAAACAGGCACUUUUGGAGAAUGAAGAAAACAUCAAACUUGAUGGCUAUAAUGGCGCAGUUGCUUCAGGAGCAGCAACUGCUGGAAAAAAUGAAAUUGACAUAGCGACAACAAAAAAGGAGCGUUCUGUUUUACAAGCAAAAUUGACUCGUUUAGCUAUUCAAAUCGGUUAUGCUGGAUCUUUUGUCGCUGUCUGCACUAUGCUCAUUUUGGUCGUUCGAUUUUGUAUUGAAAAUUAUUUUGUGGCUCAUAAGCCUUUCUCCAUCACCAAUUUGAACUAUUUCAUCAAAUUUUUAAUUAUUGGAGUAACAGUUCUCGUGGUAGCUGUUCCUGAAGGACUUCCUCUGGCUGUUACACUUUCUUUGGCUUAUUCAGUUAAGAAGAUGAUGAAAGAUAAUAAUUUGGUUAGACAUUUGGAUGCUUGUGAAACAAUGGGAAGUGCUACAACUAUUUGUUCUGAUAAAACUGGUACAUUAACAACAAAUCGAAUGACUGCUGUUCAAAGUUUUAUUAAUGAAGUUCUUUACAAAGAUACUCCAAAAUGGGAAAAACUUAACGAAAAAACGAGAGAUUUGCUUAUCCAUUGCAUUUCCAUAAAUUCAAGUUAUUCGUCUCAAGUUUUGCCUCCGAAAAAAGUUGGAGAAAAUAUGCAACAGCUUGGAAAUAAGACGGAGUGUGGACUUCUCGGCUUUGUUCUCUCACUUGGUCAGAGUUAUCAGACAAUUAGAGAUGCAUAUCCUGAAGAACUAAUUUUUAAGGUUUAUACAUUUAAUUCUGUGCGGAAAUCAAUGUCAACAGUUAUUGAACUUAAAGAUGGAUUUGGAACAACUUUUGGUUAUAGAGUAUUCAGUAAAGGUGCAUCAGAAAUAACUCUUCGAAAGUGCAAAUGGAUUUUUGGACAAAAUGGGUUGGCUCCCUUCUCUGAACAUAACUACGAUCGAUUGAUGCGUGAUGUUAUUGAACCAAUGGCCUCUGAUGGAUUGAGAACUAUUUGUUUGGCCUAUAAGGACUAUAUUUUGAAGAAAGAUGAGCAAGCUGCAGGAAAUGAAGUCAUUUAUGACGGUGAAAUUGAAUGGGAUGAUGAAAAUAGUAUUAUAAAUGAUCUCACUGUAAUUGCAAUUAUCGGCAUUCAAGAUCCCGUUCGGCCAGAAGUCCCUGAGGCAAUUGCCAAAUGUCAACGAGCAGGAAUUGUUGUACGUAUGGUUACUGGAGACAACAUAAAUACGGCUCGUUCGAUUGCAACAUCUUGCGGUAUUUUGAAACCGGGAGAGGAUUUUAUUGCACUUGAGGGGAAGGACUUUAAUGAAAGAAUUCGAAACGAAGAGGGAGAAGUUGUGCAAGAAAAGCUUGAUUUAGUUUGGCCAAAACUUCGUGUUCUAGCCCGGGCUCAACCGACAGAUAAAUAUAUUUUGGUCAAAGGAAUCAUCGAUAGCAAAUUAAGUGCAAAUCGGGAAGUUGUUGCAGUGACAGGAGAUGGAACGAAUGAUGGCCCUGCAUUGAAGAAGGCAGAUGUUGGUUUUGCAAUGGGAAUUGCUGGAACUGAUGUGGCUAAAGAAGCUUCAGAUAUUAUAUUAACUGACGACAAUUUCACUUCUAUAGUUAAAGCUGUAAUGUGGGGCAGAAAUAUUUAUGAUUCGAUUGCCAAAUUUCUUCAAUUUCAAUUAACUGUUAAUGUUGUUGCUAUUGUUAUUGCAUUAGUUGGUGCUUUAGCUAUUCAGGAUACACCAAUAAAGGCUGUUCAAAUGCUUUGGGUUAAUCUGAUUAUGGAUACGUUGGCUUCGCUUGCACUUGCAACUGAACCACCUACUGAGGAUUUGCUAAAGAGAAAGCCUUAUGGUAGAACAAGUCCAUUAAUUUCACGAACAAUGAUGAAGAAUAUUAUUGGCCAUGCAAUCUACCAAUUAACUGUGCUAUUUACUUUAAUAUUUGCUGGUCAUAAGUUGUUUGGCAUUGAAAGUGAUUUAAAAGCUCAACUCCGUGCUCCGCCUGGACAGCAUUUUACUAUUGUCUUCAAUACUUUUGUUAUGAUGACUUUAUUUAACGAAGUUAAUGCACGUAAAAUUCAUGGAGAAAGAAAUGUCUUUAAGGGUUUAACUACCAAUCCAAUCUAUUGUGCUAUUUGGAUAAGUACAUUUUUGGUCCAGAUUCUUAUAAUUGAAUUUGGUGGUCAUGCAUUAUACACUGACCCAUUAACUGUAGAGCAGUGGCUUUGGUGUAUUGUAUUUGGAGUUGGUUCUCUUCUUUGGGCUCAGGUAGUUGCUACAAUACCAGCAAAAGGAUUGCCAAAAGGUUUAGCAAUUGGUGGUGGAGAAGUUGAACCUGAAACUGCCAACAUUCUAACUGGUGAUGAUGAUGGAGAGCCCCAUGAGAAACGUUCUGGACAAAUUCUGUGGAUUCGCGGUCUUACUCGACUUCAAACUCAGAUUCGAGUAAUUCGAGCUUUCCAAUCUGGCGUUGAUCGAAGGGAACAAUCUCUUAGUGGUCCAAGUGCUGCUAGGUUGAGGGAAAUUAGUCGUCAACUUAAAUUACAGGUGGAAAGAGAAGCAGUAAGAUCUCGCUCUUCUUCAAAAACUUCCCAUACAGCAGAAGCCCAUUCACGUGGACUAAGAAAUUCAAAAACCCCAGAAGAGCAUAAUGAAGCAGUCAGUGCUGUUUGA